GGUCAAAGGUGAAUAUAAUAAUUUUGUAAACAAUGAGAGAGUUAAAGUUCCACGAGAAAAAACUUCUCAAAAAAGUCGAUUUUAUAUCAUGGGAAGUUGACAACAACCUCCAUGAAGUAAAAAUACUACGCAAGUACCAUAUACAAAAGCGAGAGGAUUACACAAAGUACAAUAAAUUGAGUCGGCAUGUUCGGGAACUUACAAAGAAAAUCAGGCAACUUGAUGUCAAGGAUCUUUUUCGAACUGAAUGUACCUCACAGCUUUUGGAGAAAUUGUUUAGAAUGGGUAUAAUACCAAGUAAACAGAACUUGGGUUUAUGCGAUAAUGUAUCUGCAUCAUCAUUCUGUAGAAGACGUCUCCCUGUUAUCAUGAAGAAACUUAAGAUGGCGCAGGAAGUCAGUAUGGCAGUACAGUUUGUAGAGCAGGGUCAUAUUCGUGUUGGUCCUGAUAUUGUUUUAGAUCCAGCUUUUCUAGUCACAAGGAAUAUGGAGGAUUUUGUAACAUGGACAGACACAUCGAAAAUUAAGAAACAUGUGAUGACGUACAAUGAAGAAAUGGAUGACUUUGAUAUGAUGUCAUGAGAUGCAAUGACCUGUCAUUAAAUUGUAUACCGUCUUCUCUACUAUCAACAUUUUCUAUUCACACCGGAACUUAAAAGGAAAUCAGUCCAUUGUAUUAUUAACAAAAUUCAUUGCAAAUGAAAUAAAGGAAAAUCAAGGGUCUUAUCUAAACAUGGCAGUAUAGAGUACAUUCCAUGGUCUAAAAUAGUGUACUGCCCUCUGCCAGCCUGAUGGUAGAGGGCAGCAUAACCAAAAACUAAGGUGAACUCAAUGGAUGAUAAGAUUUCAGACAUUAAGUUUGUGAAGACAGCUUUUCUCUUGUAGACUUUAACAGUUUUACUUUUUGUUUGGGUAAUUAAAGGAUGGCUUACAGGCUCUUGCAGUCACGAUACUUUUCAUAUACCUCUGAUGUUGUGUCCUUUUUGAUUUGUUGAUUUGCUGAGAAAUGUCUGUCAACCAAGUACUGAAAAAAAUGAGUGCAAACAAAAGUAAAUUAGAUACUAUGAUGUUAUGAGGAUAUGUGAUGCCUACAUUAUGUAAUUAAGACCAAACAAAGUACAUUACGAAGAGAAGAAACUGGAGGAAAGAAAACCUAGGCAACUGACCGAAUCAAGGUAUCCGGAAUAAUGUUCUGAAUCUGUCAACUGUCCUAUAUCACCAUAUUAAGGGUCCCUAAUGAUCAGCUUUGGCUGGAUGGACCACCCUCAUUAAAGAUUGUUGAAAUAAAAUAAAUAAAAAUAAAUAAAUAGUUGGCAAUGGUUGCCUAGUGUAACACUUUCUUUGCUCAAAUUUGCAGAGUCAAAAUCAAACUAAUUAAACAAAAAUGUUGGUAUCAUUUGUUGUGGAAUUUUGAGUAAAAUUAAGUUCAACACCAUUUGAGGAUAGCUAAACACACUAAAGUACUUUUUUAAAAUUCUCAAUUGAAAAAGUGAUAUUGCUUGUUGGGCUAAUCUAGCAUGUUAUGUUCAUUUGUAUAUUGUACAACUACCAAAUAAAAUUAAUGUAAUUUUCAAACAAAAUAUGUCACUGCCAUAACUGAUUUUAUUUUUUACAGUGUUUAAAAAAUGAGAUGGUCUUACUUAAAUUGAUGUAAAUCUCUAAUAACACUGGUAAUUAGUCUGCUGCCCUCAUUUUUCUUUUUCUGCAACAAUUGAUCAAAGUUUUCAUCUGUUUGUUUACUUGUGUUGGUUGUUGUAUUGUCACUAAAGAAAAAUAAACUUUGUGAUAGUUGCUUCCAAAUAUAAUAGUUCAUUAACAGCAUUUGCUUAUUAAUUGAAAACUAAUAUAUCUGAAUCAAUACAAGCUCUGCUCUCCAUAGCGGUUUGCUCUCCAUAGCGGUCCCUCAAUACAAUAAGAAAGAAACAAUAGCAAGACUUAUGUUGGUUCAGAUUAUGGAAAAUAAAUUUGUUGUAAACUUGGUAACAGAAA